GGCGUCCUGCCCUAUAAGGGGAUGACCGCGCAUGCGCAGUUCCACAGCUACGGCCGCCGGGUUCCAAAUUGGAAUGAGGCCCCAGGAAUAGAGCGGAGGAGAGUGGGGACGGAGCGGGGCGGCAGCAGCAGAGACAGCGCCAGGAGCGGGGUGCACAGAGCUCCGCCUCACCCCACGUCUCAGUAACUACUCCCCGGGGAAGUCGCCCCCUGGACGGAUCCUCCGUGCUCCCGGAACCUUGCUGGAUGCUCUGAUCCCGGGACUAUGCUAGGGCAGCAACAGCAGCCGCAGGCGUUCUCUCUGUCCCCGGGGGCCAGCAGCGGCGGCGGGGGGACGGAGGAGAGCCAGCUGGUCGAAUACGUGGAGGAGUACUUGGAGUGCAUAGAGUCCCUGCCGCUGGAGAUCCAGAGGACCGUGUCCCUGCUGCGGGAGAUCGACACCAAGUACCGAGAGGCUCUGAAGGAGAUAGAUGAGGUCUCGGAGAAACAUUCACAUGAAAGUGAUCCACACCAAAAGAAGCGUCUGCUACAGCAACUUCAGAGGGCUCUGAUAGUGACGCAGGAGCUUGGUGAUGAUAAAAUACAGCUAGUAACACAGGUGUUGGAGAUGGUAGAAAAUAGGUCCAAGCAGAUUGAUGCCCAGUGCCGAGGUUUCUUUGAACCAGAGGAAAAUGAGAAAUCCAUAGAAAAGACCAAAGUCGAAUCCAGCACAGCAGAGCGCUCGACCCGAAGGCCUCGCCGGCAGCGCAAUAGUGAGAGUCGGGACUUGUGUCACAUGGUCAAUGGAACAGAUGAUGGUGAUGACCCACCCAAAGAAAAGAAAGCAAAAUCUUCCAAGAAGAAGAAACGAACCAAAACCAAGCAAGAUAGGGAGAUGUCUCCUAUACCCUUUGCAAUUGAUCCCAAUGAGCCAACAUACUGCUUAUGUAAUCAAGUUUCCUAUGGGGAAAUGAUAGGAUGUGACAAUGAGGAAUGCUCCAUAGAGUGGUUCCAUUUCUCCUGUGUUGGACUGACAUAUAAACCAAAGGGCAAGUGGUAUUGUCCUGACUGCAGAGGAGACAAUGAAAAAACAAUGAACAAAAAUACAGAAAAAACAAAGAGAGAUAGGAGAUCGAGAUAGUGUAGGGAUUUUUCUUUUUUUAAUUGUUUCCUGUGUAGUGUAUAUAUAUAAUUUUUUUCUUUUGGAUAUGGGGCUAUAUUUUAGGUAAAUGAACUCCUUUUUAAAUAGCAUUGCAAUAUUAAAAGUUGUUUGGGUUGUGA